AUGGAAUCGCAGAGACUCAGUGGUGUAUUUACCACAAGCUUUUGGGCCAAGGACGAGGGCCAGGAUGUGGGGACGGAGUUUCUGCUGGGGAGGCUUGGGAUGGCACAGAUCCCACGUGGACAACUGGAGUGUGGGGGAGCCGACCCCAGGUGUAAUUGUAGAUACCACUACAUGCUUCGGAGGUCAAAGAAAAUGAAAAUUGGAGAUACAGGGUUUGGGCAAGAGCCAGAGCAAACCACCAAACUUGAGAGGGUUGUAUAUGGUGAUGCAGGGUACUGCAAAAGCAAACCUGAGGUGAUCUUCAAGUUGGAACAGGGAGCAGAGUCAUGGACAGUGACAAAACCCCUAAAUUGGAGCCUGUCAGCAUUUCAUACAGGCACCAACUUGAGUCCGAGCUGUCCCACUUGUGAUGCAGUUCCCUGGAGGCCUGAUGAGAUGCAAGCUGCAGAGAAAUCUGAUGGCACUAAUGUACCUGGCAACUCAAGUGAAUGCUGGGAGCCUAUCAGUCAGCCUUACAAGAUUCAGACUUUUCAGCAGGUGUUUGAACACAGUAUAAGAGGCAAAGGGUUCAGCAGGAAAAGGGUGUUCUUUACAGAUGAAAAGGCUCAUAUGGGAGAUACCUGUAAUAAGUCAGUUGGCACUGUAGGAAAGACAACUGAACAUGGAAAGAAAACUUUCCAGAAAAAGUCCUACCACAGUAAACCUCAACAAGCACACACAGGAAAGAAACUUUAUGAAUCUUUUGAGUAUGAGGAAACUCUCAUUUACAAAUCAGAUUUUACCACAAGUCAAAGAACAUAUACAGGAAGAAAAAUCUAUUCUUGUAACCCCUGUGGAAAAUCUUUCAAUUGUAAAUCCUGCCUUUCUAUCCAUCAUAGCACUCAGAAAGAGGAAAAGCCCUCUGGUUGCAAUGAAUGUGGGAAAUCCAUUUACCUGAGAAUUCACACAGGGGAGAAAGCUUAUCAAUGUAAUACAUGUGGAAAAGGCUUUCAUUGGAAAACAAGCCUUAUUUCACAUCAAAGAAUUCACACAAAAGAGAAAUCAUACAAAUGUGAUAUAUGCAGAAAAGCCUUUUCCUGGAAGUCAAAUCUCACUGUACAUCAGAAAAUUCACAUAGGGCAGAAAUCUUAUGAAUAUAAGCAAUGUGGAAAAGCCUUUAUCCAAAAGUCAAAUCUCACUUCACAUCAGAAGAUUCACAUAAAUGAGAAAACUUAUGGAUGUGAAAUGUGCGGAAAAACCUUUUGCUGGAAGUCAAACCUCACUACACAUCAGAGAAUUCACACAGGGUAUAAACCUUUUGAAUGUAAUACAUGUGAAAAAGCCUUUGCCAAAAAUCACAACUCAUUGUACACCAGAAGAUCCACAAAAGGGAGAAAACUUAUGAAUAUAGUACCUGUGGAGAAUUCUUUUUCCAGAAGUCACAACUCACUCUACAUUAGAAGGAGAAGAUUUAUGAAUGCAAAAUGCGUGGAAAACCCUUUUGCUGGAAGUCACAACUCUUUACCCACCAGAGAAUGCAUAGAUCAGAGAAAAUUUAUGAAUGCAAUGCCUGUGGAAAAGUCUUUUGUAAUAACUCACAACUCAUUACACAUCAGAGUGUUCACACAGGGGAGAAACUUUAUCAAUGUGAUGAAUGUGGAAAAACAUUUUAGAGUUCAAACUUCAGAAGGCAUCAAAGAACUCACAUGUAAGAGAUAA